AUGGCUACUAAGCUUGAGCUUGGAUUCCAACACGAUCCUUCUUUGCCUGAAACGGUUCGUGACGGGUGGAAUCUUAACGGUUUAAACCCUAUGCAAACUCCCGACGUCGUUACAGAUGCCGAUGACGAUGACUCGUGGGAAGUCAGAGCUUUCGCCGAGGACACUCGUAAUGUUAUGGGAACUACUUGGCCUCCUAGGUCAUAUACUUGCACUUAUUGUAGACGAGAGUUCAAAUCAGCUCAAGCCCUAGGAGGUCAUAUGAAUGUUCACCGCCGCGACCGUGCUCGCCUCCAUCAAGCUCCUCUGUCGAAUACAACGAAACCCUCUUCGUCAUCUUCCUCGAUUUCCAAUUCUUUCAUCAUCCCACCUCCUGAUUUUAAUGGUGGAGGCUUGUGCCUUCUCUACCAAUUCCCAAACCCUAAUAGUGUUAAUGGUGGGAUCAAUAUCCCUUCUCUUUUCUCCGUGUCCAAUCAUUCCUUCAAUAGCUUUUUGCCCUCCAUGGCGAUGUCUCGGGGUUUUCCAGUGAACGACCACCGUCUCAGAGGGCUCGGAGAGAGUAAUUUCUCUCGAUCUGAACAACAGUUCUCGACGUCCAUGGAAAAUGGAAACCAAGAACUUGAUCUAGAGCUCAGGCUUGGACACGGUCCAGAUUCGACUCGAACUCACAUCGAAAAUGGACAGAAGAUCUCUAAGAGAUCAUCAGAUUGA